GACAAGAAUCCAUCCUUUACUCGUGGUUGUUCAAUAUGGCGCAUUUUCGUCCUCCCGAAAUUCAAGACAAUCCAGACGGAUGGGGCCCAUGUGCUGUUCCAGCACGGUUCAAGGACAUUCCAUAUCAACCUUUUUCAAAAGGAGACAGAAUCGGAAAGGUUGCUGACUGGACUGGUAAUGCUUAUCAAGACCGCAAAUAUACAAACAAGUAUGCAUCACAGUUUGGAGCUGGUAGCCAGUAUGCCUAUUACCAUGAAGGGGAUGAAUCUGCAUUCCAGCUGGUGGACACUUCAAAGCCUCAUAAGACUGCUUAUCAAAGAAAUAAGCAGCGAUUUAACAAUGCAAAAUUGAAGAGAGAAAGGGAAAAGCAGCAAAGAAAAGAGGCAAUUAUGAUGGGCCAAGCACAAACAAAAGGCAAAAUGAAAGGAAAGUUUCAAAGGCACUGGACAAGAUCUAGGUACAAUGACAGACAGAACAAUCAAAAGCAAAGAAAUGCUUCAGUUGCUGUCAGGGAAGAAUGGAAAGUGCUUGAGGACAUGGAUUUCCCCAGGCUGGCUAAACUUAAGCUGCCAGAUAUUCAAGAUCCUACUGACUUGUACAAUGCUGGAGCCGUAGAUUAUUAUGAUAAGUCAUAUGAUAGGAUAACUACUCGAAAUGAGAUCCCAUUAGAAGUAAACAACAAAAUUUUCCACAAAGUCACUACCACAGAUGACCCUGUAAUAAGAAAGUUGGCAAGCAAAGGCAAUGUUUUUGGAACAGACACAAUUAUCAGUACGCUGAUGACGUGUACAAGAUCUGUCAAUCCAUGGGAUGUCAUAGUGCAGAGAGUUGGGAAUAAAUUGUUCUUUGAUAAAAGAGAUGAUUCAGAGUUCGAUCUGUUGACUGUCAACGAGACAGCCUGGGACCCGCUGGCAGAAGAAGGACUUAAUUCGGCCAGUAACCUGGCUCUAGAGGCCACCUUUAUAAAUCAGAAUUUUUCACAGCAGUGCCUGAGAAAAGGCGAGAAGUUGUCAUUUGACCACCCUAAUCCUUUUGUGGAAGACGAGCAAGAGCCCGUUGCAUCUGUUGCUUAUAGAUACCGGAAAUUUGAGCUUGGAGAUGGCAUCAAUUUGAUCGUCCGUUGCGAACACGAUUCCGUGCUGCAGGGGCCGUCUGGGGAAAACCUCUUCGUAAAUAUUAAAACCCUAAACGAAUGGGACUCAAAGGCUAGUGGAAUCGCUUGGAGGGCGAAGCUCGAUUCCCAAGGAGGGUCUGUUUUAGCCACAGAAUUGAAAAACAACAGCUGUAAGCUUGCUAAAUGGACCUGCUCUGCAAUUUUGGCUGGCUCAGAGUAUCUCAAAUUAGGGUACGUUUCAAGAAUAACUGCUGUAGAUUCUUCAAAACAUGUCAUUUUGGGAACACAGCAAUUUAAGCCCAAGGAAUUUGCUGACCAAAUUGCGCUCAACAUGGACAAUGGCUGGGGUAUUCUCCGUGUCAUCAUUGACACGUGCAUGAAACUGCCUGAAGGGAAAUACCUAAUUCUGAGAGACCCUAAUAAGGGUGUGAUUCUUCUCUAUGAUAUUCCUGAUAAUACUUUUGAAAGUGAAGAAGAAUCAAGCGAGGAAGAAUCAGAAGAUGAAGGAGAUGGAGAUGAUGAAGCUGAUGAGAAAAAGAGAGAGAAAUAGUUGAAAUUGUGAUCUAAGCUUAAUCAAUAAACGCAAAUAUGAGAGCAAUUAGAAAGCAAAA